AUGUCGUACCAAGCUGAUGAACGAGUUGUCUUAAAUGUGGGUGGCAUCAAGAACGGAAAAGGUGCACCACUGAGCAAUGAAGUUCUCACGGACUUCGAUUAUUUUGAAAGCUCUGUCAUUAGAAAAUCGAGCAUUGGCAAUUCAUUGAAUAUCAAUGGAAAUUACAUGGUAUCACAUUAUGUGAAUAAAUUGGUUGGUUCAAGUGCAUAUGCCGUUCUCGAACAGUUCUCGAAGGAUAUCGAGGCGCAUGUGAAUUCGGCAUUUCCUAGACUGACAACAAAGUUCACACAUCAUCCAAAUGGAUUCAAGUAUCUGGAUAAUUUCACAGUACCGAUUCCGAUUUUGCGUUGA